UAACCAAUCACACAGCCUCCAACUUGGGAAAUAGCUCACUCACACAAAACACACACACUUACAAAUACUCUACCUGUUACCUUAUUCUUUCCUUCAAACUCAACUAUGCUUCCCUAUAUAUAUAACACACCUUACUCUUCAUUCUCUUAAAAACAACUCUCUCUCCAAUUGCCACUUUUCCUCUUAAAACAAUUUUCCACUCUCUCCAACACAUACAUAUGUUUACUACUAACAACUCUUCCUAUUCACAAUCCAUUCCCUCAACAGCAUCUUCUUCGUAUGACAUGUCAACUCCGAAUUCGGAGGUACGAUUAGCGGCUAGUAACCCAAAGAAGCGAGCAGGGAGGAAGAUCUUCAAGGAAACUCGCCACCCGAUGUAUAGAGGUGUGAGGAAGAGGAACUUAGAUAAAUGGGUGUGUGAAAUGAGGGAACCCAACACAAAGACCAGGAUUUGGCUGGGGACUUUUCCAACACCCGAAAUGGCAGCCCGAGCCCACGAUGUUGCCGCAAUGGCAUUGAGGGGCCGCUAUGCCUGUCUCAAUUUUGCAGACUCGGUGUGGCGCCUUCCUAUUCCAGCAACUUCCGCGAUAAAAGAUAUUCAAAAGGCGGCUGCUGAAGCUGCCGAAGCUUUUAGACCAGACAAGACUUUAAUGAUUAAUGAUAUUGACACCGUAGUACCUGUCGUGGCCACAAAGGAGUUGAAUAUGUUUUGUGUGGAAGUCGAAGAAGAGCAGGAAAUGUUGAAUAUGCCAGAAUUGUUGAGGAAUAUGGCACUAAUGUCCCCUACACAUAGCUUUGAGUAUCAUGAUCAGUAUGAAGAUAUUCAUGUACAAGACUUUCAAGAUGAUGAGGACUUUAAAAAAAAGUCUGUUACGACGAUCUGGGCUGUGACUGCAAUUGGGGUGCAUACGCCACAUUUCACCGUAAUAUCAAGGAUUGUGAUCGUUUCCAUGUGACUGCGAACAUUGCUUUUCUGUGGCUGAUUUCUGUCUUUUCAUCCUGGCAAGGAAAGGUACCAGAGAAGAAUGAAUGAAACUUAAGCAGAAACCAGUAAUUAAUAUCUUCUGCAAUUUCCUCCUGUGUUCGGUUUGGAAGGGUAUGUUUCUAGCCAUUCGAAAGAAUUGAAACUAUGACUCAUCAAUUAAAUGCUUUCAUUCAUCAGUAACUACCAUAGCUCUGAAUCUAAUGAGGCCUAAAGCUUGCCAAA